GCAGCGCUCGCUAUAUGGAGAGACUCCUCGCCUCCGCCUUCAUUUCCACCACCUGCUCCUGCUCCUGCUCCUCCCCAGCCACAGCCUCUUCCUCCUGCGCUGCUGCUCAGCCUCCGCACCCUCUCGCAUCCAUCACCGCCGCCCAGUACGCAACCAGCACCCCCUCUUUCGCCGCGCCUCCUGCCGCUAGCUGCUGCUGCUGCUGCUCCUCCGGCGGCGACGCCUAAUGCGCUAGGCAGGCCCUCUUCGUUCGCCCGGGUGCGCGAGACAGGGAGAGAAGGGACAUGGGGGAGGGCGCGGUGGUGGUGCUGGAGCCGCCCAAGCCCAGGUCGCCGCCGAGGUACCCGGACAUGUGCGGCCGCCGGCGCCUGCAGCUGGAGGUGCAGAUCCUUGACCGCGAGCUCACGUUCCUCAAGGACGAGCUACAUUUACUUGAAGGGGCUCAACCAGUCUCACGUUCUGCUUGCUUGAAAGAGGUAAAUGAGUUUGUUGGUACAAAACAAGAUCCACUGAUACCAAUUAACAAAAGGAAGCAUCGGUCCUGCCGUCUUUAUUGGUGGAUCAGAUCAAAACUGUGCGUAUGUGCUUCAUGGCUGUGCUGCUCCUGCCAAUGCCUACCAACCUGCAAAAGACCAAGCUGCUUGGACUGUUCAUGCUGCGAGCCAAACUGCUCGUGCUGCAGCCCGAACUGCUGCAGCUGCUUCAAGAUCCCUUCGUGCUGCAAACCGAGCUGCGGCUGCUUCGGGUGCUGCAGCUGCAGCAAACCACAGUGCUGCAGCGGCGGCUGUAACCCUUGCGGCGAGUGCAAGCCGGAGUGUGGCUCUUGUUCCGCCGGUGGCUGCUGCGGCGACUGCAAGCCAAGCUGCAGCUGCUGCGGCGAGCAGUGCCAGUGCUGCUCCUGCCCUCGAUGCACGGGGGGCUGCUUCAAGCUCCCGAAAUGCUCGUGCGCGCAGUGCUUCAACUGCCAGUCGUCGUGCUGCAAGGGGCAGCCGUCGUGCUUCAGGUGCCAGUCGUCGUGCUGCGACAAGGGCGGCUGCUGCAGCAGCGGGUCGUGCCUGAGCUGCCCGAAGCCGUCGUGCCCGGAGUGCUCCUGCGGGUGCGUGUGGUCGUGCAAAAACUGUACAGACGGAUGCCGAUGCGCCCGGUGCUGUGCUAGCGGGUGCCUGUGUUGAAGUAGACCCGCCCCCUUCCACUCUGCUUUUUUUUUUUUAGCUUCUUUCUCUCUGCUAUUUUGGUAGCUGUCUUUUGUCUUGCUGCUUAAGCCUUUGUUUGGGCCUGUUCGGGCUUUUGGCGUAUGGUGGGUGUUUCUCACAUGUAAAAAAAUAACUUGACCUCCGGAUCACAAGGCAGAAUGAAGUAGUUCUAGUAUCAGUAGCCAAGUUAUAUA